AUGAAUGAACUUAUUCGGAUUGCAGCUCAAUCAGUAGGGGCCGAAACUUGCGUUAAUGUACACAAAUGCCCCGAUGGCAUGUAUAAUAAAUGUUUUGUCUUGACUAUGGAUGAUGGGCAGGAGGUUAUUGCUAAAGUCCCCAACCCCAAUGCUGGCCUCCCGCGUCUCACUACAAGUGAGGUGGCUACGAUAGACUUUGCUCGCAAUGUACUUGGAACGCCAGCCUUAAAGCUCAGACAAGUUUGGGGCAGCAUGGAGCUUGUCGAGAAGAUGAACCUUUGCCUUGACGUCGUUCGAUAUCAGUCUGCCUGGCUUUCCGUGGCCUUCUCACAGUUCGGAGGGCUGUAUUAUACCCGAGAUAUUCAAAAUUUCAACUCACAACAAAAAGGUCACCUUUAUAUUGAUGAGAAUGGUAACAAAGUGCAGAACAGUCGCUUUACAAUAGGCCCUAUUACAAGCCGAGAAUGGCUCGACCAUGGGAGAGCCGACUUAGAGUGUGAUCGUGGACCAUGGAAGUCUGUUUAUGGCUACUACAAAGCAAUAGGACUUCGAGAGAAGCUGGCUAUUCCAACUUUAGACCCUUUACCAAAGCAGACCGUUAUGGUAUGUGGUCCUGGCUUCUAUCAGCCCGAUCGAAGUAAGAAAUUAUCUGCGGCAGAAUGGUAUUUACUGAUAUUUGAUGCUCUCCUUCCUAUUGAAAGCGAGAGCAUCACAACACCGUGUCUUUGGCACGAUGAUCUCCAUGAUGAGAACAUAUUCGUUGAUCCAAAUAACCCUUCCAAAGUUACCGGGAUCAUAGACUGGCAGUCCGUCAAUCUUCUCCCACUUAUUUACCACAACCCCGACCCUUCUUUGUUGGCUAUGACGGCCCAGAACCGGAAAAUUUGGACCGCCCUGAACUUAGAAGAAAAAGUGGAAGCAGUACGGCAAUUCCAUGAGAAAGCGCUAUUCAUAGCCUCACGAAAGGUUAUGUUAAAAAAGGUCCCCAAGGCUUACGAUGCUAUUGAGUACCAGCAAACGGAGUGUUUCGAUCUACUCGUAUUGGCACGCCGCCUGUUUGAGUUUGGUGAAGCCCAUUUUCAUGCACUCGUCGUAGAAUUACGCGAGGCAUGGGCAGGACUGCUAGCAAACAAUACUAACACGAAUCAUACCAAGCCCUUCCCCAUUGAUCUUACUGAGAUUGAAACAGAUUGCCAAAAGGCAAUGCGUGGAAUGCAACUUAUGAGUGAUUUCAAAGCUCGACUUGGUCCACUCUGGCCAGACAAAGAUGCAGUAGGUCAUGAACAGUAUCAAGCGACCAAGUCUGCCCUUCUUGCACUGAGAGAGGAAAUAAUACUGGAAUUUGGAAAAGCUGAAGCCGAUAAGAUUGAAAUAGCACGCCAAUGGCCGUUUGAUGACUAG